AUUUCUCUUCUCCCUCUCUUUAUUGUCAACAACACCUAAAAAAGAACAGUUUUUCUCUUUAAAACUCCAUUAAAAUACAAAACUAGCGCCUACCAAGCUCUUAAUUUUCAAUUAUCUCAGCUGGGUCGCUUUUAGUUUCUUAAAUGGUGCACUAGAAGAAAAGUUAUUUGCUAUUUUUUUGAACUUUUUGUGCAGACAAAAUGGCCUUUCAAGAUCAUCUUUCACAAGAAAUAUCCUUUCAACCGCCACUUUCACACUCUGGUUCUUCCUCUGUCUCCGCCGGUCCGACGUGGCUGAGCAAGGCGGCAGCACUCAUCAGAAACGACGAGUUUUUGGGCGGUAGAAACAGAGGCGAAAGAGCUGACCAUGAAGAGCUUUUUGAUGGUGGAGAUGAUAGUAAUUGGGAAAGAGCUAAAUGUAAAGCAGAGAUAUUAGGGCAUCCUUUGUAUGAACAGUUGUUGGCUGCACACGUGGCGUGUUUGAGAAUAGCGACACCAGUUGACCAGUUGGCUAGAAUUGAUACACAGUUAGCUCAGUCUCAAGAAGUUGUAGCUAAGUAUUCUGUUCUUGCUAAUAAUGCUCACCUUGUUGAUGACAAAGAGAUUGACCAGUUCAUGACGCAUUAUGUGCUAUUACUGUGUUCCUUUAAAGACCAAUUGCAACAGCAUGUCCGUGUCCAUGCAAUGGAAGCAGUGAUGGCUUGCUGGGAGCUCGAGCAAUCUCUCCAAAGCUUGACAGGUGCAUCACUCGGUGAAGGCACAGGUGCAACAAUGUCUGACGAUGAUGAUGAUCAGGCAGAUAGUGAUGCCAAUUUGUAUGAAGGAAGUCUGGAUGGCGUAGAUUGUAUGGGGUUUGGUCCUCUUGUUCCCACUGAAAGUGAGAGGUCUUUGAUGGAGCAUGUUAGAAAAGAAUUAAAGCAUGAGCUGAAACAGGGUUACAAAGAGAAGAUUGUGGACAUUAGAGAAGAAAUUCUCCGCAAGAGAAGGGCUGGAAAAUUGCCAGGAGAUACCACCUGUCAUCUAAAAGCAUGGUGGCAAUCACAUUCCAAGUGGCCAUAUCCAACAGAGGAAGACAAAGCAAGAUUGGUGCAGGAAACAGGGUUGCAGUUAAAGCAGAUAAACAACUGGUUCAUAAACCAAAGAAAAAGGAACUGGCAUAGCAAUCCUUCCGGAUCUACAACGAAAAGCAAGCGCAAGAAAAAUGCAGGUGAAAGCAGUGAUCAACACUUUGUUUAAAAGGAACAACUUAAGACGUCCAUCCUAGCGAACUUCAGCAACAGAGUACUUAAGGGGUGAUUGCAGUGAGAAAACCCAUUAUUUUAUAUUUAUAUGCUCAAUUUCGUCAAACGAUAAAUACUAGAAAAAGAGGCUGCUCUCAUCAGCUGAAGAUGCAUUAAACUUGCUCACAUAUGAUAGUGAUAGAUUUAUGGUUGAAGAUACGUUGAAGUAUAUGAUGUCAAAUUUUACAAUUUAAACAUAUGAGAUUGGGAUUUUAGAUACCUGUAAUUUUGCAGUAUUUGGUUUAUGUUAUAUCUGUGAUGUAAUUUUUUUUGGUUUAUAAUCUGUCUGUGAUUCUGACA